AAUAAUAAUAUAUCCAUCAAUUAAUUAAUUGUUAUAAAAAAAAAUCAAUCAAUUAAUUAAUAAUACAGAGAUUCUGAGGAGAAAGUCACAGAGAAAGAGAGAAGUUGGUUUAGGACAUCCUCCCAUUUUUGUUUGACGAAGUACAGCCCACCAUAUCAACCCCUUUAACAAGAAACAUCCCAGAAAUUAUACCCAUUUUUAAAGAAUCAUUUUUCCCAUUUAUAAAAAUCAAUUUUUUUCCCCAAAAAUAUAUAACUAAAUUGAUUUUCCUUGAUUUCUUGCCUUGAAUUUUGUGCUAUUACCCAACUCCUGAUCUGGGUUCCCCAAAUUUUGUGAACCAUUUUUUGGGAUUUGAAGUUUUUUUUGCUUCUGAUUGUUGGGGAUUCCAAGCUCAGGGUGUUGUUGGGUUCAACAAAAUUUUGAUUCUGCAGAAUUUUCUGAUUUUGGGGGUAAAAGAUUAUAAUUUUCUGGAUUUUGGGGGUUGAAGAUCAAAUUUUUUAUUAUUAUAUUUUUUAUAUAGAAUCUUGAUUUGAUUCAUGAUGAUGUGGAGGGAUCCCGGGCAACCUGCAGAUUCUUACUAUGAAGUCAGACCUGAAAUUACAGAUGCUCCAAAAACCAAGUUUAGGAUCAAGGCUGGUAAAACAUUGAGUGUAAGGAAAUGGCAAUCAGCUUUUACUGCAGAUGGCGAACUUGAUAUAAGCAAAACACUUGGUAGGAUACAUCGCGGGGGGGUCCAUCCAUCAAUUAGGGGAGAGGUUUGGGAGUUCUUGCUUGGAUGUUUUGACCCAAAGAGCACAUUCGAUGAUCGAUCACAAAAACGGCAACGGAGAAGGGUGCAAUAUGCUCAGUGGAAAGAGGAGUGCCGUCUGAUGUUUCCCCUUAUUGGCAGUGGUAGAUUUAUAACAGCUCCCAUAAUUAAUGAUCGUGGAGAGCCUAUUCAGGAUCCUUUGGUACUCUUAGAAGCAGAUCUAGGAGAUGGUGCUGGUGCUGGGAACAAUGCUUAUGGUGCAGGAGCUUCCAGUAGUCAAGGAAUGGACAAUGUAACAAAGAAUAAUGGUCCCAUGUCCAAGAAAGAAAUUCAGUGGAAGCUCACUUUACAUCAAAUAGGUCUUGACGUGAAACGCACUGACAGGGCUCUUGUUUUCUAUGAGAAGCAAGAAAAUCUUGCUAAACUUUGGGAUAUAUUGGCUAUUUAUGCCUGGAUAGAUGGAGAUGUUGGGUACUGCCAAGGAAUGAGUGAUCUUUGCUCUCCCAUGUUAAUUCUCCUUGACAACGAAGCUGAUGCCUUUUGGUGCUUUGAACGCCUUAUGCGCAGAUUGCGAGGAAAUUUCAGAUCCACUGGCAGAUCUGUUGGGGUAGAGGCACAACUUAGUAACCUAGCAACAAUUACUCAAGUUAUUGACCCGAAACUUCAUCAGCAUUUAGAAACACUUGGUGGAGGUGACUAUCUUUUUGCCAUUCGAAUGCUCAUGGUUUUGUUUCGACGAGAAUUUUCUUUUGGUGACUCUCUGUACCUUUGGGAGAUGAUGUGGGCUUUAGAAUACGAUCCUGAUCUUUUCUUAGUAUAUGAAGAGUCUGAUUCUGCUACUGAAAGUUCUGAGGGAUCCAAAGGAAAACCGAAAUCUAUUCGCCAUUACGGAAAGUAUGAAAGGGAAAUUUUGAGAAGUGGAGCAAAGGAAGACGCACCCCUCCCCAUUUCUGUCUUCCUUGUUGCCAGUGUGUUGAAAGAGAAGGGCCCAAAACUACUCAAGGAAGCUCGUGGUCUGGAUGAUGUUGUAAAGAUUUUGAACGACAUAGCUGGGGAUCUGGAUGCCAAGAAAGCUUGUGUCAAUGCAUUGAAGCUACAUAAAAAGUAUUUAAAACAGGCAAAGAAGGUAUAGCACGAAAAAUAUAGAAAUUUUGGUCAGUCGAGAUUCAACCAAUCAAUACGGUGUAUAUCUUUUUGGGUGUACGGCAAAGAAUUGUAUCAUAGAAAUCUCUUGGCCAAUUCAGCAUAAUCCACAUGUAAUUUAUAAAGGAUUGAUGCUUGUUGUACAUCUUAAACAUUCUUUGUACCAGUUUUGCGAAAUUUAUGAAUAUAAAUACAACCCACUGCUUGUGGGUUGCAACUUUGGUUGUAAAAGUUCUUCUAUAUCAAUGGAAUUUAAUUCAAGCUCUUAUUUUCUU